AUGUCUGGUGUACAACUCGCGAUGGCUCCCGGCUCAGAGCCGGGCAAACCACUAGCCGCAGACCCGAAAGCCCACCAUCACCCGCAACAAGACGCGGGUGGUGGCAUGAUGGGCUCUCUGCGGUACAUAGAACUCCAACUUGUAGCAUUCGUUAUGGUUUUCUCCGCAAUCGGGCUUGUCCCGCUUUUCGACCUCGUUUUUCCCGCCAUCACGACCGCGUAUCUCCUGCUUCUAUCGCGGCUCGCGUUUCCUGGAGCCGCGAAGUCGAAGGAGAUUAUCCAAGCAAGCGGGAUGCUACGAUUUUAUUCAAUUAUGGGGACGGUGAUAGGGUUGUUUUUACCGUUAGCUUAUGUUUUGGGCGGGUUCGCGAGGGGGGACAAUGAGGCGGUUAGAUCGGCAACACCACAGUUGUUCUUGUUGUCGUUUCAAAUAUUGACGGAAAAUGUUGUUAGCGGGUUGUCGUUGUUUUCGGCCCCGGUUAGAGCUUUGGUCCCCUUGUUGUAUACGGUUAGAAGGUUGUUUGUUAUAUUGGAUUGGAUACAAGAUGUUUGGGUUAACAAAUCGCUUGGUCAAAAUGCUCCUAUUCAGGAUAUUGCAUGGUAUUGGUUUGGGGUAAGCCUAGCAGUGACAAAUUUGGCAUAUUUUUCAAUCAAUAUAUCUGCAUUUUUGAUUCCAUAUUUUCUCCCAAGAGCAUUUGAGCUACAUUUCAAGGAGAGAUAUGAGAGAGAAGCAAAGUUGGCAGCUGAUAAAAGUCAAAGUGAAACCAAAGAUAAGAAGUUUGACUAA